UUGGGUACAGAGCUGUCUGCCACUCUGCUGAAUCCAUCCACAUCAGCAUCUUUUGAACAAGAAUGGACUCCAACAUCAGCUUUACUGGCGACUCCAACUUUACUGGCGAUACUCAAAGCCCUACAACAGGAGCCUUCAUCAAUGACACCACUGUGGACUACAUGUACUCUGAGUACUCUGAGUACUAUGAAGACGAUCUCAUUGGGGACUAUGUGGUGUGUCAGUAUGAGAAAUAUGGGGCGCACUUUCUCCCACCUCUCUAUGUCAUAUUCUUCAUCCUGGGUCUUCUGGGUAACUCUUUGGUCAUCUGGGUCAUUACUUGUGGCGUGCGACUCCGCAGCAUGACCGACGUGUGCCUGUUAAACCUUGCCAUUGCUGACCUGCUCUUGGUGUGUUCCCUUCCCUUCCUGGCUCACCAGGCCCGGGAUCAGUGGCACUUUGGGGAUACGAUGUGCAAGAUGGUGCUGGGCACCUACCAAGUUGCCUUUUACUGCGGGAUCUUCUUCAUUUGUCUGAUGAGCAUCGAUCGCUAUUUGGCUAUCGUACACGCCGUUUACGCCAGGAAGGCACGGACACGGUCGUUUGGAAUGAUUGCGGCUGCUGUGACGUGGGUAGCUGGAUUUUUGGCAUCUUUUCCUGAUCUGAUCUUCCUAAAACAGCAGCAAACAAAUGUUAACAAGUCUGACUACUGCUACGCUGAAUAUCCCGAAACAUCAUAUUCCAAGUCUCACUUCUGGAGGCUAUUUGGCCUUUUUAAAAUGAACAUUUUGGGCUUGUUUAUCCCACUGUUCAUCAUGAGUUUCUGCUACUCGCAGAUCAUCUGGAGGCUGAUGUCCAGCCACUCAUCCAAGAAACAGGCCAUUCGCAUCGUCGUCGCAGUGGUGAUGGUUUUCUUCUGCUGCUGGGUCCCUUACAACAUGGCAUCAUUAAUGAAAGCGCUGGAGCUACUUCAUGUCAUCGAAGAAUGUGAAAACAGCAAAGCCAUCAAACUGGCUUUACAAGUCACUGAAGCCAUUGCCUACUCUCACAGCUGCCUUAACCCCAUCCUGUAUGUGUUCGUUGGGGAAAAAUUCCGGAGGCACUUGCUGAAGCUGAUUAACAGAACUCCCUGCAUGCUGUGUCGGGUCAUCAAGCUGUACCUUCCACAAGACAGAAUCACCUCAGUUUACUCACAAACUACCAGUGUGGAUGAGAGGAGCAUUGGUCUCUAAACUGGAACUUUUGAACGUGCAGUUAUGUGUUUUACUUUUAUGUACAUCAUUGUGCCGCUUUCAUUAGGUCAGGCUUCACUUCUUAGUGAUUAAGGCCCCGUUUACACGGAGCAAAAACGGAGGCGUUUUCAUGCGUUUUGGCCGUUCGUUUACACGAAAACGAAGCUCAAAGUCACCAAAAACGAUCAUUUCUGAAAACUCCGGCCAAAGUGGAGAUUUUCAAAAACUCUGUUUUCACGUUUGCUUCUAAACAGAGGAAAACGGAGAUUUAGGCUUCAGAACGUCACAUUAUGCAACAGAAACCUCACCAGCGUCAUGUGUGCGACCUGUGUUUACAAUUAGUUUGGCCACCGUCAAUAUUUUCUUGUAUUUUACCUGUUUUAUAUUCUAAAGUCACACUUAAAAGUAACUCCACUUCUCUGUCACUCCAAAC